GGUGAUGUAUAUACAGAAAUGCUUAUAUUGACGGUCAUGCCCACUCGGUGGCAGGUGUGGUCGGUGCCAAUCCUCUGUUUCUAUUCGGAUCUACAUAUCUCGGUCUCUUGACAUUGUACUGUAUCGUUCCGCGCGUCAUUACACUCAGGCAGCUGAUCCUUUGCAAACAUGCGCCUCAAUUUCCAGGACAGCUAUAACGAGGCGCUCUUCGUCGUACACUGUAUUAUCCUACCGGCGAUUCUCGGUUGCGCACUGGCAUCAUGUUUUCUCCGAAAGUGGAGGGGCAUCCGACGUUCUACACUGGUCGCAUACAAUUUGGCCGUCUUAACGACAUUGGCAUCUUUCGCCCUCUUCAUAGGCUUAGAAGCCCGGCAAGCGUUGGUGCAGCGGGUUUUCUACAAUGAUGAAGCAGGCUUCACCGCGACGUAUCGACCGAUUCAAAUUCUGGUAGUUUUCGCGGUUGGCUUCGAUUACAUAUUUCGGAUCGCGACCUUGAUCGCAGUGACUCUGCUCGCAAUCGCCGUGGCCGACAGUCCCGGACGUCGUCGCUUCCUCAAGAUCUUCCUCAUCGUCGUGUCUGUACUCCUGGCUGCGCUUACUGUCACCACGUUCGGCCUCGAAGGCCAUUUCGUCGAUGUCAUCACGCCCUUACGCGGCACCGAUUCCAGUGAAGAUUUUCAGGCUAGUGCAGAGGGCCAGGCUUAUUGGCUCCCGCGCAAAAUUUACAUCGGUGUGGCCUUCUUUGCGCUGUACCUUGUGUCAGUCUUGGCGAUCCUCGCCGUCAGCAUACAGUCACGUAACUGGCCACUUCGUUUCGCCUUGGUUCAGCUGCUAUUCAUCACUAUUCUCGCCACCACCUCAACCUCAUGGUCAGCGAAAUUCUAUCAAGACCUCUUCGGCGGUGGUUAUUAUGAAAACCCUGAUUAUUACAACUCGUACUACGCUUUUUCAUACGUGGAAGCCAUUCUGGAGGUCUCCUUACAGGCUGGCCUGCUAAUGGCUCUUCUCUUCGUCCCGCAGUCGUUCAGAAACGGCGAGGCGGCGCACACCAAGGUCUAGCAUUUGAAAGCCAGGAAGUUUACUCUGGAAACAUAGAUGAUGACGAUAUAGCUUAGAGCCACGGACUUUGCGGAGCCCUGCCCUUAAUGAGCACAGAUAGAACGAAAGGUUUUCUUCUUGGAAGUGUAGACACCUCCACUAGAUACUUUCACGUCAGACGCAUCAACCCUCCGUGUGCGGAGGGUGAGAGUUCUCAUCUGAGCUGUUUCACGACGCAAGUAACCUAUCAAGCCGCUCCCACAACAGACGUGUACUGAGGAAUCAAUGAACUUUUGGUUCGAACUGUUUCGGAAAAGAGAAUCUACCCUACGAUUGAUGGGGCGCUUUUUCUUCGACGCGCUCGGGAAAAGUCAGAACGGGAGAAUUAAAGGGAUGGAAUCAGCACCCACUCCGGAUCUCGGAUGGAGGAGAAUGAGGUGAAGCCGAGUUCUAGAAAACAAAAGUG